AUGGCUCUCUCUAUCAGACCGUCUCCGAGAGUGCAGCCUGAACGAAGAGAUUUCAUCAGCUACUUCGAUUCUCUCUUGGCCAGGUUGGCGUUGUGCAGCCUCUGCUCACGUGACGAACGCGACUACAUUGACGAGGUGAUACCGGACUUCGAGGUAAUCGAUGUGGUGGCGCAUGGUGGCUACGGCCGAGUCUACCGGUGCCUCGAGCCUGUCUCCUACAAUGUCGUCGCCGUGAAACAGAUCACAAUACUCGGCUCGUUCCAGGGUGUACCGGCUCAGAUCAUCCGCGAAGUGGCGUUCCUCAAAGAACUCCGCCAUAACAACAUUGUGAAGUUGCUUAAUGUCUAUGUCAGGGGAGACAGAUAUGUCAAUCUUGUCUUCGAGCAUCUCCAGUGCGACCUUCAUGACUAUAUUAGGAAAAGCCGUUAUAGCAAUUCCAGGAUUGUAAAGACUUUCAUGCACCAGAUACUCUCUGCUCUGGAAUUCUGCCAUACGCGUAAGGUUCUACAUAGAGAUUUGAAACCCAGCAAUGUGCUGGUUGAUGAACCUAAUUUGCGGAUCAAACUUGCGGAUUUUGGUUUGGCUAGAGAGUUUAGAGAUGACAUAUCAUAUACUGAGCAGGUAGGAACUGCCUGGUACAGGGCACCUGAAGUGUUGUUCGACAACUAUCAAUAUUCAUCUCCAAUUGAUUUGUGGGGUGCUGGCUGUGUAUUUGCUGAGAUGCUAACUGGAGGACCUCUAUUCCAUACUAGUAGGAAACGGGAUGAGUUGCAGUCAAUUUUCAGACUGUUAGGUACUCCCACAGAGGAUACAUGGCCAGGAAUCACUCAAUCAUUGCCUGACAUUCAUAAGUACAAGAAAUAUAACCCAGUGGGCAUGGACGAACUGUUUCCUAAUCUGGAACAAAGUGGCCAGAAUCUUCUAGCAAGAUUGCUUUGCAUGAACCCAAAUGACAGGAUUUCUGCUGCAGCCGCUCUAAGCCAUGCUUACUUUAGGGAUGCUCAGUGGGAUGGAAAGCCAAAGGAGCAGUCGUCGAGUUGCAUUCCUUUUAGAUGACUAGUUUUUUGAUGAAUUUACGUUCAUUCCUUUAUUUCAUUUGAAUGAAAUAAGAG